GGAGCUUCAUUUUCAGGGCUACUGCUUUCCAUUUAUCCUCUAGAUCUGAGGAUCACAUCACAUACAGAGUGUGAAAUAGUGUCCCGCACGAAGCAGUCCGGCACACCAUUGUCUCUACUCUGUCCCAGCCCUGUAUGGCAGUUGCCGUGGAGACCAGCUAUGGUGCAGCUGACGUCCAUGUUCCUGCACGGGUCCUGCUAUUAGUAACCCUUGCGGGAGCGCUGAGCGAAGUGGCUUGCGAUGGACCAGCCACUGGAGGAAGCAGCAGACGACUUUGGCAUGGAGAAACUGGAGUGUAAAAUCUGCUACUGUGCUUACAGCAAGUCAGGCUGGCAGCCCGAAGUUCUUGAGUGUCACCACCACCUCUGUGCCAAGUGCUUGGCCAAGAUAAUUGACCUGAGUGAGUCCUCCCCACGUGCUGUGGUCUGUCCUUUCUGCCGCUAUGUUACAAACCUUCCAGCUUGUAGGAAGCCUGCCAACCACUACAACAUGUGGAUGGAGCUGUCCACCCAGAGCUGUCAUCUACAUGAGAGCCAACUGGAGAUCCUACACACCCCUGGGCAAGCGAUGGCUGACUUCACAUCCACCUCCCCUUUCUCUGCACAGUCCAAUAACAUGAUAAUCACCACUGUGCAUCCACCACAGGACCCUGCUGUAUUCGUUUCCAGAGAUCGACGCUCCUCCAACCUAGACUACGUCGUCUCGUUCACAUGGCCCUGGAUGGUGUGGCGUGGCAUGGCCAUGCUGUAUCAGACCUUAGGCUGGGCCCUGGUGUGGCUAGUAGGGUUGCUUCACUUUGGCUACCUGCCCCUGGGUGUCUACAUGCUCAUCAUACAGGAGACCACGUGGGGCAUGUUACUCGUCUGCCUCGUCCCUGUCAGUCUGUUCCUAAGCAUGCUGUACGGGAUCUGCCACUGCAUGUGCCAUGAGUUCUGGAACUGUGUGUUGCCUUAGCAACCAUAGAGAGACCAUUUGCCAAAAGGAUACACAAGUGGGAAAUUCCAGCACUGUUUGGAUGUGCCAGCAGUAUGACAAGUUUGUGGAAACUUAUGAACACAAGGGAUGGUUUCUGAAAUAUCAUUCUAGGUGUUUAUAUAAAAAGAAGAAUGUACAUAAAUGUACUGAGGACAAAAGCAAUAAAUGUUGUCAUUAAAUGAUUCAUUAUUAACAUAAAUAAUAAUUUUUAAAAAGCCAGUUCAUCUCUAGAAUGUAUAUUUUUAUUUAGUUGAUAAAUGCAGCAGUGUUUUGUGUAUUUUAGUUUCUCUGUGAUUAUUUUGCUUGCCAGAAAAAUGAACACAUGCCAGUGUAAAUGAUUUAGUCAGUGGUUUUGCUUAAUGUACACUGUUUGUCCAAAAUACAACUGUAUAUUUUAGUGAGAAAGGGAUAUGCUGGUCCUAGAUCAGUUAGGUAAAGCAGUGCUUAACUUAGCAGGCUAGCCUGAAAGUUACACACGUCACCACAUCAUCAUGUGCCAUGUGUUUGGCAAAUAGCCUGCAAACAUGCUUUACUUUCUUGAAUUAAGUAUGUACUAAAAAUAAGAGUAGUCUGGGAGUUUUAUUUACUCACUGAACUGUGAUGUCGGUUACAGCUGCUGCAAGCAAAGGACAUAUUUACUGACAUGAAAUCAGUUUUGAUUAGCAAAUUGUAAAAUAAAUAAAUAAAUGAACCUCAUGGAAAUAAAAUAGUUACAUUAUGUAAAUGGGGUGGAAGAAUUAUGAUGAACUCUCUGGAUUUCAACAAUGUUUAUAAAAACAUUUUUGGAAUUAGGUUUAGCCCAUUAUUUCAGUAAUUUAUUAAAUGUAUUCAUAGGGGGCAUCACAUUGUAACAUCUGAAUCAACUGUGAAAAAAUAAUUUCAUGUAAGCCUAA